UUACACCUGUCAGAUUUUUGAGUGCAGCAUACAGAUCUGUCAGGUUUGAUUGAAUACUUUUUGCAAGUUACAGAUUAGUGUUGACGACAGAGUGGACAGAGGACUUAAGGAGCGCAGUGAUCAAUAUUUACAUUUCAGUGGACACCAAUGCUUGUAUAUUUAUAAAAAACCAAGGUAAUUGCCAUAAAGACAACCUGUAUAAACCUAAAAUUUCAUAAAUAAUUUGGAAAGGAAAAUAUGGUAUGAAGAACCUUGUACCAAUUCUCUUGAAUGAGUGAUGAUCAACCCUAGCUUGUGAACAAAUAAAAUGAAAUGGUUAUGUAUCUGUUUAUUCAGCUUCAUUACUAGAUACUUAAAUAGUCUGUAAAGUAUUGUUUAAUUAGUUUGGAUUACAUAAAUAAUUUUAAAAAAGAUGGCAAUGUUGCAACCAAAAUUAGAAGCUAAGGAGGAUAUUACAACUAUUAUAGUUCCAGAGUGUGAAGAGAUCGAAAUAAUGAAAUUUGAAAAUAAAGAGGAUAUUAAGGAUAUUGUGAUUGUUUCAACAAGUGAUGAGGAAGAAGUCAAAUCUGAAAAGAUUAUAUUUAGUCCACAGCCUAAAACUAUUAGAGUAAUUGCUAUUGAAGAACAAGUAUUUAAUCAACAGUCUUCAUAUGCAGGUAAUUUGGAGAUUGAAUCUGUGAUGAUCAAGGAAGAAGUUGCUGAUGCUCAAUACAGUAGUGAAGAAGAUGUUGUCAAAGAAGAUCAUCAAAAGAAGGAGUUUGGUUGUGAAGUGUGUUUGAAGAUGUUUGUGACAAAAUCCAGAUUGAAGACACACAUGAUGUGUCACUCCAAUGAGAGGCCAUACAAAUGUGAAAUAUGCUCGAAGGCAUUUAAUGAUCGGGGCACUUUGAACAAGCAUAUAAAAAUACAUACAGGGAUUAAAGAUCAUGAAUGCGAAGAGUGCCACAGGAAAUUUUUGAGCAGGGGCAAUCUGAACAAACAUAUGGUGAUACACAGUGGAGAAAGACCAUUUAAGUGUGAUUUUUGUGACAAAACUUUUAUUAGGAACGAACAUUUGAAGCAUCACAGGUACACUCACACCGGUGAGAAGUACUACGAGUGUACUUUGUGUGAUAAGAAGUUUGCGAGGAGAGAUUCGCUUUUGGUGCAUACUAUAGUUCAUACAGGUGAAAGGAAUUACGUGUGCGAAUUUUGUGACAAGCAUUGCAUCGAUAAUAGUACUCUCAAGAAACAUCUUCGGGUGCACACGAAGGUGAAGCCGUACAAGUGCAAUCUUUGCGAUAAGAUGUUUACGCAGAAGACGCAUCUGACUAUUCACAAUAGGAGACAUACGGGAGAGAGGCCGUACAACUGCUCCGUCUGCAACAAGACCUUCGUGACCAUGAACUACCUUCGAAUACAUAUUAGGACGCACACGAAGGAACGGCCCUAUACGUGCGACGUGUGCCAAAAGAAGUUCAGCAAGUUGAGCAACCUGUCGAGUCACAAGAAGAUCCAUAGCGGCGUUCGGGACUUCCAUUGCACGGACUGUGAUAAGUCGUUUUACGCGAAGAAUGAUCUGAAGAAGCACGUGAUGGUUCACACGCAGGAGAGACCUUACCAAUGUUGCGUGUGUCCGAAGAGCUUCAACAAGAAGUGCGCCGCUAAACAGCACAUAAUCAAAUUGCAUAAGCACAUUGAUAUUACGACAGUCAUCAUCGAUAAGUUCAAAACGCAUUUCGUGGAACCUCCUGCAUUGUCAUCUAUAAAGGUCGAGCCUGAAUGAAUCUAUUUAUAUUGUACUUAUUUAUUAUUUUUGUUUCAUUUCUUCUUUGCUAAAAAAAAAAGAGUUCUUUUUUUUAUCAAAUGCAAGAACGAAAUGGAACAACCGAAUGUUAAUUAUUUUAUAAUUGUUUAUCGAAUUAUUUUUUGAAU